UUGAGCAAUCCUCCUGCCUCAGCCUCCCAGAGUGCUAGGAUUACAGGCUUGAGCCACCGUGCCUGGCCCACAGACCUAUUUUUACCUGAAGCCCUUUCAGCUUGUUUUUGGAAAGUGCUUUAAGGCCAAGAUGAUAAAUGCUGUGACAUAGGAAACGCAUAUAACCAAACCCAGGCACUGUUUUCUUCCUUAGUAAAAAGGAAGCAGCAGCCCCAUCCCUUUCCACAGCACCCCCCAACCUGGCCCCGGCUGCCCUGCGUUGUCACAGCUCCUCUUCUCCAGCGGCAGCAGUUUCUCCUCAUUGGUUAAAAGAGAAAGGGGAAAGCAACUGUGUGGACCUGCCCUCUGUCCGUGCACCUGCUGUCUCUUUGUCUGAGAGGUGACCGAUCGAAGCACUGCCUGCCACCUGCCUGUGACUCUCGCCACCGGUUUGCCGCAUUGGAGGGAUGGCGACAACCUCUGAAAGUGGAUCAACCGAUAAGAAUAAUUUGGGAGAUGAUUCAUCUGACCUGUACAAAACCAGAUAGGCUUCUGCAGUCUUUGCGCAGAAAUCCAAAUCUCAGCUGGCGUUUCUAUGGCAGGAGGAGAGCGUUAGAAACAGGAGCAGAGUUCCAGGGUGGGCUGUGAGAGGGAACCAUUCUUCCCCGACCAUGAGGGUCUUCUCUGCACACUCCCCUACCCCCAGCAGCAGCCUUGACCUCUGAGGGCCUGGCUGUGUCCUCCGGCAAGUUCUGCAGCCAUAGACGUGCUGCAGUCACAUGCAGCAGCCUCACUGCAGUCUGCAGCACCUCUGACUUCCACGCGCCGCUCUGCUUGGAACUGAAUCUCUGCUUGGGGGUUGGGGAUUUGUGUCGGGGCUCACGGUACCCGCUGCUGCCUCCUCCCUGCUGGUGGGGCUCAGGCUGUGCUCAGUGCCUUCUGCACAGCCAGCAAGGGGAAGCAGGGAGGUGACCCUCACUGGCAGUCCUGGAGUGGCUGAAACGUAUCAUUUGAGGGGUCUUGCCUUGUCCCUUCCAGAGUUCUUCACAGUGGCUCGGUCGCUCCCUGCUAUCAGGAGGCUUCAGUUUGUGUGCCCCUCCCCCAGAGGACAUGCUGCAGUCCCUGUGGAACACAGAGUAGCGAGAUCGGUUGCUCUGUGUUUCCUUUAGGUUGGAAAGUCAUUUUCCAUCCUCAAGCUUGUCCGAGUCUCCCAGCAACCGUGCAGAACAGGGCGGCGAGCUAUUGUUAUCCCCCUUCGGUGGGAUUUGGAUCCAAGUCUCCUGGGCCCCAGCCAGGAUCCUCUUUACCACAUUGGAAGACCCUCCAUGAACUAUUUUGAACAUCUGCUGAAUACAGUGGCGCUUCUGCCCCCAAAAUUAGUAUAGAAGUAAAAGCCUUUCCAGCAGAGUCCAGUUUGAGGUGCAGACUUGGUGCUCCUGUGCACACAUGAACCCCAGCACGUGGGGCCCACAAAGAAGUCACUUGAGCUCCACUGACACAUGCUAAGGCUGCCUGCUGCUCCCCUGAGCUGGCCCCUUGCUCCUCGUGAGGGCGAAGAGUGGCACAGCCCUCAGGGUGGCCAAGGUCGGAAACAUCUAAGACUGCCUUCCUGGGAGCAGAGGAGGCAGAGAGCCAUGUCGCAAGUGUGCAACAUAGAAAAUUUAACAAGCCUCCCCAUGAACUCCAGAGCCCAGAAAUGUCCUCUGUGAAGGAAGGUUCUGCUAUCCUGGUUGUAGGGAACCCCAUACAGCGAACAGAUCCUUCACGUGCAGAAGUCGGGGAAGAUUUCUGUCGGCUCGCCCGCUUUGCAGGAUGCCGGUGCAGCUGACGACAGCCCUGCGUGUGGUGGGCACCAGCCUGUUUGCCCUGGCAGUGCUGGGUGGCAUCCUGGCAGCCUACGUGACAGGCUACCAGUUCAUCCACACAGAAAAGCACUACCUGUCCUUCGGCCUCUACGGGGCCAUCCUGGGCCUGCACCUGCUCAUCCAGAGCCUGUUUGCCUUCCUGGAGCACAGGCGCAUGCGGCGGGCUGGCCGGCCACUCAAGCUGCCCUCUCCGCGGCGGGGCUCAGUGGCGCUCUGCAUUGCUGCAUACCAGGAGGACCCUGACUACUUGCGCAAGUGCCUGCGUUCGGCCCAGCGCAUCGCCUUCCCUGACCUCAAGGUGGUCAUGGUGGUGGAUGGCAAUCGCCAGGAGGACGCCUACAUGCUGGACAUCUUCCAUGAGGUGCUAGGUGGCACCGAGCAAGCUGGCUUCUUUGUGUGGCGCAGCAACUUCCACGAGGCUGGUGAGGGUGAGACAGAGGCCAGCCUGCAGGAGGGCAUGGACCGCGUGCGGGACGUGGUGCGGGCCAGCACCUUCUCGUGCAUCAUGCAGAAGUGGGGAGGCAAGCGCGAGGUCAUGUACACCGCCUUCAAGGCCCUUGGCGACUCGGUGGACUACAUCCAGGUGUGCGACUCCGACACUGUGCUGGAUCCAGCCUGCACCAUCGAGAUGCUUCGAGUCCUGGAGGAGGAUCCCCAAGUAGGGGGAGUUGGUGGAGAUGUCCAAAUCCUCAACAAGUAUGAUUCGUGGAUCUCCUUCCUGAGCAGUGUGCGGUACUGGAUGGCCUUCAACGUGGAGCGGGCCUGCCAGUCCUACUUUGGCUGUGUGCAGUGUAUUAGUGGGCCCUUGGGCAUGUACCGCAACAGCCUCCUCCAGCAAUUCCUGGAGGACUGGUACCAUCAGAAGUUCCUAGGCAGCAAGUGCAGCUUUGGGGAUGACCGGCACCUCACCAACCGAGUCCUGAGCCUUGGCUACCGAACUAAGUAUACAGCACGCUCCAAGUGCCUCACAGAGACCCCCACUAAGUACCUCCGGUGGCUCAACCAGCAGACCCGCUGGAGCAAGUCUUACUUCCGGGAGUGGCUCUACAACUCUCUCUGGUUCCAUAAGCAUCACCUCUGGAUGACCUACGAAUCAGUGGUCACAGGUUUCUUCCCCUUCUUCCUCAUUGCCACGGUCAUACAGCUCUUCUACCGUGGCCGCAUCUGGAACAUCCUCCUCUUCCUGCUGACGGUGCAGCUGGUGGGCAUUAUCAAGGCUACCUAUGCCUGCUUCCUUCGAGGCAAUGCGGAGAUGAUCUUCAUGUCCCUCUACUCCCUUCUCUACAUGUCCAGCCUCCUGCCAGCCAAGAUCUUUGCUAUUGCUACUAUCAACAAGUCUGGCUGGGGCACCUCUGGCCGAAAAACCAUCGUGGUGAACUUCAUUGGCCUCAUCCCUGUGUCCAUAUGGGUGGCAGUUCUUCUGGGUGGGCUGGCCUAUACAGCUUACUGCCAGGACCUGUUCAGCGAGACGGAGCUAGCCUUCCUUGUCUCCGGGGCCAUCCUGUAUGGCUGCUACUGGGUGGCCCUCCUCAUGUUGUAUCUGGCCAUCAUUGCCCGGAGAUGCGGGAAGAAGCCAGAGCAGUAUAGCUUGGCUUUUGCUGAGGUGUGACCCAGCCCCCAAGCAGAGCGGGAAAAGUGCAAUGGGUAAGGGAGGGAAGGGGAAAGAAAGAAAAAAGAUGGGGUGGGAGGGAGGAGGGAGUGUUGUAUUUUAAUUUCUUAACGGUCCAAAGGACAAAUCUAAAACGAAGAGAAUGGUGACUGUAGUAUGGUCUGGGCAGCUCUACUUAGAGGAGACAACACUGAAUUCUCAGGCUAAGGGCAGAGGGGGCUUGUAUGGUUUCAGGCUGCCUGUCUGCUUGCAUCUGCACAUAAGCAAUGGCCUCUGGGAAAGAUUCUACUUUUCCUGGGAUCCAGAGGGAACUCAGAAGUGUGCUAAACCAAAUAAGUUCGAUUCAGUGUCAACUUCUGAUAGGUACAUGAGCAUUGGCAGCAACAGCCUGUGGGAAGAGGUUCUCCUUCCCAACCAAUCUGAAUGCAACCAGAGGUGGUAAGAGAAUUUCUACUGAGGUCUAGGCCAGCUAGUAUCCCCCCACCCCCCAGUCAUCAAUGCAAUAAGAUUGCGCCUGAGAUGCAAGGCUCCAAAGCCUGAUCUUUGGGCAUCAGAAAACAGGGUCCAGGAAUGGUGCUUUGAUGUGAUGUACCCCACUCCACAUCUCAACAUCCCAGGGAUGAACCAAACCAGCAGGCAGUUAGCACUGAACUGCUUUUAAAAGUACAUAUUAAAAAGAAAAGUUUGCCAGGAAGAACAAAGAGGUGGUGCUAAAGGCCAUGGGCUAUAUGGAGGCCUUGGGUGUUCCACUUGGAAAUUGCUCAGACUUCUAGAUGAAUUCUUAGCUUGUCUGUGAUCUCUGCUGGGGAGAUAAACUGUUUUAGCCAUCCAUCAGGAAGAUUAAACCCCAACAUGUUUAAAAAGGAAGUAAGGUCUUAAGUAUGUUAACCUGUAUACUCCUGAAUUCCUCUCAAAUUCAGCUCUGAUUUGAAGCAAAGAGAUUUUCCUCACUUCACUUUCUUCAAAGGCACAUUUUUUUUAGUGUAACUGUAGUCACCUCUUCCAUCCUUGUCAUCAGGGGUAAGUUUUUCAAGGUGGCAAGUGGAGCAGAGCCUGGGCUCUUACAAGACCCUCUGCUCUCAGCACAUACGGGAAAUGCUCAGAGCUUCUGAUCAAAUUGGCUAUAGUCUUGGAGCUGUUUGGACAGAGUCCUUGGCAGCUGGGUUAGCAUGCAUGACUUUCAGGCUACUGUUCUUGACAAUCAACUCCAAUGGAAAGCUUUCCAGUGCUUCCAGAUCGAACCCUCAAAUUCAAGCUAUUUAUCUUUGAGACUGUCCAUUCUCCUCGGUGGCUUCUCCAGGGAAUUCUACAGCCAGGUUGCAGACAGUCACUCGGUCUGCAAGCAUCCUUCCAGAAACCAAACUCGGAGAUGGAAUUGGUUCCUACAACCUAAGGUUUCUUGCUUUUUCGUGUCUGUUGAAGCUGUUUGAUUUCCCUCUGCUAGUUUUGGACAGUGAGGGAAAAGCCAUUUUCUAUUGACUUGCAACCCACAGACUUAUCAGCAUUUGAGUUUAAAACCUGGGAUCUUGACUAUAAGCCUCUGACUUAAGGAUUGCUUGCUCUCUCUCUCAAAACAUCCAUUUUCAGAGGGGCCAGCUAACCCCUCAGAACCAGCACCAAGGGGGAGAGCAGUUGAGGGGUCAAGCCUCCAGUGUACUCAGGUGCCUCCCACAAAGAAACAAAGUGUGCUCUGAGCCACAGAUGGGCAAACCCUGGUGCUUUCCUUCAUCUCCCCUGAACCCAAGGGUUUUCCAGGUGUAGCCAGCAGUUGCCACAUCACACAGGCCCGGAGUUGAUGUCAGACCCAACCUAUGAAGGCUGGGAGACAACAGGCAUUUGCUAAAGGCACUUCUCCUGGCCAAGAAGUAAACUAUUUUGAGCACUACAAUGGAGGAAAUCCGGUCAGCCAACUGCAGAGCUCAGACUUCACUAAGGGCUUGUUUUUCUUCAGCUUUUACUUGAAAGUUAAUGUAGGAUGAUGGACUCUGGAUGGAGAACUCCUGGCUGUCCUACCGCCAGCUCUGCCUUGCACUGUGGUCAUCAACUUUCCUCUCAUAUCAAAAAUAGGCAGGUAUAGGUAGUGGGCUCACAACGUUUGACCUCGACUGGUUUUUCUAAGUUAUUUUGUACAUUUUUCAGCAGCAAAACCAAACUGGGUCUUCAGCUUUAUCCCCGUUUCUUGCAAGGGAAGAGCCUUUAUAUAAUUGGACACAUUUUGGGUUUUCCUCAUUGAGAAUUUUAAUCCUCUUUUGUAUUGUUUCUACAAUUUGUAAACAUAUUUAUUUUUACCUGCUUUUUUUUUACUUUUCAGGUCAAAUUUUUUAUACUGCACUUAUUUGUCAAAAUAAAGAUUCUCACAUAACACUGGUAUCU